AUGCAGCACCCUUUGGAUCUGGGCGCCGCCGCCGCCCACUAUUUCCCCGCAGACCCUUUCGUUGACCACCGGUCGCACCGCUAUCGGAGCUUUAUGAUCGAGGAGAUCCUGACGGAUCACCCGGAUGCCAAGAGCGCGGCGCCAGCCGGGGAGCUGCUCAAAUUUGGCGUGAAGGCUCUACUGUCGACCCGACCCUACCACAACCCCUUAGCGGUGCUGAAGGCGGAGCAGGCGGCGGUCUUCAAGUUCCCGCUGGCGCCCUUGGGCUGCUCGGGUCUGAGCUCGGCGCUACUGGCGGCCGGCUCCAGCCUCCAAGGCGGUUCCGGAUCCCCGCACCUGCCGCUGGAGCUGCACCUCCGCGGGAAGCUGGACCCGGGAGCCCCCGAGGGGGGCGGGAAAGCUAAGAAAGGCCGUCGGAGCCGCACCGUCUUCACCGAACUGCAGCUGAUGGGCCUGGAGAAGCGCUUCGAAAAGCAGAAGUACCUCUCCACCCCCGACAGGAUAGAUCUGGCGGAAUCCCUGGGCCUGAGUCAAUUGCAGGUGAAAACCUGGUACCAAAAUAGAAGAAUGAAGUGGAAGAAAAUAGUUUUGCAAGGCGGAGGCCUUGAGUCUCCCACCAAGCCCAAAGGCCGCCCGAAAAAAAACUCCAUCCCCACCAGCGAGCAACUGACCGAGCAAGAGCGAGCCCGCGAAGCCGAGAAGCAGCCCGCGGAAAACCUCGACUCUCCCUGCCAAGCCAUCCAGGAAUAA